AUUAAUUUUUACUAAUAUAUACAUAAGAAAUAAAAUAACACUUAUUUUGUUUGUCUAACAAUAAGAGACUAGCAUGUUAAUAUAAAACGCGCAACAUCACGAGGACUUGUUUCAAAUUUCGUUUCAUGUGCAGCGAUAGCAGACGGUUUUAUCAACGUAAUCAAGAAAAUGUUAACGUCAGCUAAAGAAAAGUCGACUGAAAGCCGUUUAGAAACAUGCGAAUCUAAAGGUAGCAUGAAAAAGUAUGACUUAGAUGAGAAGAGAUUAGGAAGGGGUGCGGUGCUAUCAGGGUUGACUCAUGAAUGUGGUGUCUUUGGGGCCAUAGCGUCAGGAGAAUGGCCUACGCAUGUAGAAAUUGCUCAGAUCGUUUGUUUAGGACUUGUGGCUGUGCAACACAGAGGACAAGAAUCUGCUGGUAUAGUAACAAGCGAAGGUAAAUGCGCCAAACAUUUUAAUGUCCACAAAGGAAUGGGAAUGGUAAACAAUAUUUUCAACGAUGACGCAAUGAAGAAACUUAAGGGGAACCUUGGUAUCGGACAUACCAGAUAUUCCACGUCUGCCGCUUCUGAAGAAGUCAAUUGCCAACCCUUUGUCGUCCAUAGUGCCCAUGGAGUACUCGCUGUAGCCCAUAAUGGUGAACUGGUCAAUUGCGAUAGUUUACGUAAAAUGGUAUUAUCCCGAGGUGUGGGCCUAUCAACUCAUUCAGAUAGUGAGUUAAUAACCCAAGCCCUUUGCCUGAGUCCUCCUGUCUGCGAGAAGAACGGCCCGGACUGGCCGGCCAGAAUAAAACAGCUCAUGACCCUGGCACCCCUCAGCUAUUCACUGGUUAUCAUGCUUAGGGACAGGAUAUACGCAGUGAGGGAUCCUUAUGGUAACAGGCCCUUAUGUUUAGGAAAAAUGUUGCCCAUGAAUGAACCGUUGUACAAAAACUGUGAUGAAACCCUUCAGGCAGAAGGAUGGGUUGUUUCUUCAGAAUCCUGCGGCUUCUUGUCGAUCGGGGCACAGUACGUUCGUGAGGUUUUCCCCGGUGAAAUAAUCGAAAUGACGCGACAUGGUAUCAGGACCAUCGAUAUUGUUGAAAGACCCGGAAAUGCGCCUCAGGCUUUCUGCAUUUUUGAGUAUGUCUAUUUUGCUCGUUCGGACAGUAUUUUUGAGGGCCAGAUGGUCUACGCUGUAAGAAUGCAGUGCGGACGACAGUUAGCUAUCGAAAGCCCCGUCGAGGCAGACAUUGUAAGCUCAGUUCCAGAGUCUGGGACAGCAGCAGCUCAUGGGUUCUCGAGACAGAGUGGUAUUUCUUUUGCUGAAGUUCUUUGCAAGAAUCGGUACGUUGGAAGGUCUUUCAUUCAACCGAGCACGAGACUAAGACAAUGUGUGAUUAUUAUUUAUUUUAAAGGUGCUUUGGGAGGAAACGUCAGAGGUAAACGAAUAGUUCUCGUUGAUGAUUCUAUUGUUCGAGGCAACACAAUUGGUCCAAUUAUAAAACUUCUGAAGAACGCUGGAGCGAAAGAGGUCCACAUUAGAAUUGCCAGUCCACCCUUACUUUAUCCCUGCUAUAUGGGUAUUAAUAUUCCCACAAGAGAGGAACUUAUUGCAAACAAACUAAAGCCCGCAGAGCUUGCAAAACACGUUGGUGCUGAUAGUCUAGCAUACUUAAGCGUCGAGGGACUUACAAAAGCUGUCAGGAAUGAUAUUAAACUAAAAGAAACUAAUGCCAUUGGUCACUGCACCGCGUGUCUUACAGGAAAUUAUCCCGGAGGAAUUCCCACACAAGUGGAUUGGUAGUAAGUGUUCUUCAACUUUUUCCUGCUACUGUUUCAAUUUCCAUUUUUUUUUUUUACUGAUACCUGUAAGACUGCCAAACACGUUAACAUUAAAGAUAAGUUCAUAAUUAUGUAUUAAAAUUGUCAGGGAUAAAAAGGACAAGAAAGGAAUAGAGAAAAGAAAUAGUUUAUGUGAAAAGUUUUCUAGGGAUUAGUAGCUUAUAUGAGCUUUACUUAUAUUUGUUGUCCCUUUGAAAUUACUUUUUACUGAAAUCUAUCCCUGGUCAAUUUUGAAAGUCAGCUGCAGCAAAAGUAAAAUAAACAAUAAAAAACCUUUUUAAAAUUGAGGCAAAUAAUUUUUACGAAAUUGCUUAUAACUGUUUAUUUUAUUUGAAGUUGACUUAUCUACCUCUAAUACACUUUCACAUUCCAUACACUAAAGAUUGACGAACUGUAUCAUGUAAACCAUAAAAAAUUGUUAUCAUCGCACAUUAUCAUCACAUUUGUAAUUUAAGCACAAAUACUUUUGUAUAUUCUUUAAUCAUUUAUUUUUAUUAAGCAGUUAGUCAUAUCGUUAAGUAAGGAAUUAAGAAAGUAAAAAUUAUUUUCCUGUUUGUAGAAUAAUAGUAGCAUUUAUUUAUUUAUUCUUUUAUGUUUUUGUUUCUACUUUUCUAUUAAUGAAAAAAAAAAUUGGACAGUUUCUGUCUGGCUUAAAGAA